AACUAGAAUGUUAUUAUGCCCAUAAUCAAAACUGGAGACCAUCUGAAUGCCUAUUGUCUGUGUUUCAAACUUCCGCGUAUAACGCUAUUCUGUUGGCACGCAAGAGAAUUGCGCCAUCGACCUGCUAAGAUAUAGGUUUAUCACAUUGGCUUUCACGAAAUUGAUUGUUUAGUUGCAUGCAUUUACAUCACUGUGCAACCGGUCUGUCAAUUUAAUUUUCUGUCACUCAUACACUAAUGUUUAUUUCUUCAUUUAUUUAAUUGCACUGAUUACUGCGUUUCCUUUCGCUUCCUUUUUUCUCAUACAUUAUUUCGGAAAGAAAUGAUUGAAAAUAAGGACCAGUUACAUUUUAAUGAGGGUUGGCAUAGCAAUGAAAUCAUUAUAGAUUAUGACAAUGUAUCAUAUAAGGACGAGUUGCGUUAUUUUUUCUCCCAAUUGCCCGCGUAUACGAAGAAUUAUUUAUUCAGUCUAUUUCCGAUCGCUUCUUGGAUACAUCGAUACAAUUUGAUGUGGCUAUUUCACGAUUUAAUUGCUGGAAUCACUGUUGGUAUUGUUGUUGUCCCACAAAGUAUGGGUUAUGCUAAAAUUGCUGAACUUCCUCCUGAAUAUGGACUAUAUACUGCAUUUGUUGGCUUAUGCGUAUAUUGCUUAUUCGCGACAUCAAAAGAUAUUAGCAUAGGUCCUACAGCUGUUAUGUCCUUGCUAAUGGGUCAGACGAUUACGCGUAUGGUUUCUUCUGACUUAUCAAUGACAGGACCGGAAAUAGCUGUUGUUUUUUCACUAUUAACCGGUGCUAUUACUACAUUUCUCGGAUUAGUGCGACUUGGUAUCCUUGUUGAUUUUAUACCAGCUCCGGCAAUAGCAGGUUUUAUGAGCGGUUCUGCCAUUACUAUUACAAUCGGUCAAAUGCCAAAACUUUUUGGUAUUCCUGGCAUUAACACUCAAGACUCUUCCUACUUGAUUUUUGGCAACUUCUUUAGAAAUUUAUCACAUACGAAACUUGACGUCGCUUUUGGACUCAUCAGUUUAUUCUUUCUCUACGGUGUCCGUUACACAUGCCAAAUGCUAACAAAACGGUAUCCGAAAUACAUUAUGCAUUUGUUCUUUAUCAGUAUUAUGAGAAAUGGUAUUGUCGUUAUUUUUGGAACAUUAAUUGCCUUCUCAAUCAAUAUUGGAAAAUCUACCAGUCCGAUUAGCAUUCUGAAAACGGUGCCUCCUGGAUUUACUGCUAUGGGUGUACCUGUUGUCCGUACAUCAGUAAUCUCAGGUAUCAGUAGCUCGCUUCCCUCCGGUGUCAUCAUUCUUAUCUUGGAGCACGUGGCCAUUGCUAAGUCUUUCGGUAGAAUUAACGACUACAAAAUUGAUCCGAAUCAAGAAAUUACUGCUAUCGGUAUCACAAACAUUCUUGCUUCAUUUUUUGGUGCAUAUCCAUCUACAGGUUCUUUCUCACGAACCGCCAUCUUAGCAAGGUCCGGUGUCAAAACUCCUAUUGCUGGUAUUUUUUCUGCAUUGGUCGUUCUAUUGGCGUUGUAUGCAUUGACACCUGCAUUUUACUACAUUCCAGAUAGUGUGCUGGCAGCUGUUGUUAUCCACGCUGUGGCUGGGCUUGUUUCUGGGCCUUCUUACAUUAAACGCUUAGCGGCUGUCAGUUUAUGGGAACUCUUAAUUUUUGGGGUCACAGUUAUCAUCACCUUCUUCACCACUGUCGAGUAUGGUAUUUAUGCUUCUGUUGCUAUGUCAAUUAUUAUUCUUCUUUUCCGUAUCGCUCGUCCUCGUUUUUGGAGUUUGGGUCGUAUACCAUUAAGCACAACCGUCGCUUCCAUCGACUAUAGUUGCGAUAAGAAUAUCAGGAAUAUACAGGAGCAUUAUCAACAGACGAAAGUGAAGAACUCACAGCCGAACCUUACUACUAGUAUUAUACAAAAUUAUCUAUACGUAUCUGAAAAGCAUCCUUCAUUGGGUAAAUUUGUUGAACCUUUACCUGCUGGUAUUCUUAUGUGCCGUGUUGAUGAGUCGUUGACCUAUCCAAACUCCAGUUUUAUAUCGGAAAAGAUCAUCAGCUAUUGUAAAGAGCAAAGCCGCCCAUCAGCCAAUCGACAAACUAUCAAAAAGGGGCAGAGACCAUGGAAUGAUGAUGCUACCUCAGAAGUGAUCGCAGCGCGAGAAAGACUGCCUCUACUACAUGCUCUAAUUAUUGAUUUUAGCAGUGUGAAUCGGAUGGAUUCCAGCGGUUUACAAGCAAUUAUUGAUGUACAGAAUGCUUUAAAUAAUUAUAGUGGCCACCAUGUAGAGUUCCAUUUUGUCAAUAUUUUGCACCCUGCUAUUCGACGCUGUUUGAUUGUCGCUAACUUUGGUACACAACCACGACCAGGAGAUGAUACCCGUGCUGAAGUGCUUCCGGUGGUACCUGCUUCGAAAGAUGGCCCACAAUUAUCAGCAAAUCAGCGUCAGCAUCAGGAUAUAGAAACGCAAAUGACGCCCGUCGAUGGAGGCAGUAGUCAUGACGACAGCAAAGAUAAGAAUAGGUUCCAUAUUGAACAUGUUGAAAAUGAACAGUCAGUAGUCGAAAAGCAGCAUGAUAAUCUUAUUGAAAUAUCUGCAGGCCCAAAUCCACCAUAUCCAUCAACGGCAACAUCUAUCACUUCUUUAGAAGGAAUACCAUUACCCAAAGACAUAUACCCUUUUUUCCAUUGGAGUGCUGACGAAGCUGUUCGCUCUGCAAUGAUGACAUCAGAAAAUCGACAGCAGGCACUAAAUGGUGAUAGUUUUACAUAGUAAUUUAGUGGUGAUGACAUUAGUGGGGGCAUUAGGAGUAAAAAUGGUUCAAAAGUCUUCCAUUUGGAUGGUGUUGAGCAAAAAUUCCCAUAUUUCUUAUUUUAUACUCUGUAUUACUUUUACUAUUAACAUAUAAAGCUCUGCAGUAUUCCCCUUUUCGUAUCCAUAUUUGUGAGCAUACUUUUUGUAUAUUUUACCGCUUAUAAUGCUCACGAUUCAAAACUACAGUAUACUAUAAAGCUGCUUAGUUUCAGACUUAAUACAAUUUUAUAGGCCUGUUUGAAGCCAGUGAAAUAAAAAAAACUGGACAAUAAUCACCCAUUUCCAGUUGUAAGCAUAUGUAAACAAUAAUUUA